GAUCACAGCCAGCAGACAUGUCUGAUGUCGCUGUUAACUGGAUGGAUGAACGCCAGCUACAGUCUUUAGACCAAAUGCUGAUUGUUGUUGAUGAAAAUGACAAGGUCAUUGGUGCGGACAUCAAGAGGAAUUGUCAUCGGAAUGAAAACAUUGAGAACGGGCUGCUGCACCGAGCCUUCAGUGUUGUUUUGUUCAACUCGGAGAAGAAAAUGCUGGUUCAGCGCCGAGCGGACACGAAGCUUACUUUCCCUGGACACUUUACCGACUCCUGUUCCAGACAUCCACUAAGUAAUCCUGAAGAAUUGGAAGAAAAAGAUACCUUGGGAGUAAAGCGGGCAGCACUGAGACGUCUGCAGGCUGAGCUGGGCAUCCCCCAGGACCAGGUUUCUCUAGAGGACAUCGUAUUUAUGACAAGAUAUCAUUAUAAGGCAAAAUCAGACGCGAUCUGGGGAGAGCACAAAGUUUGUUACCUUCUGCUUAUCAGGAAGGACGUCACCAUCACUGCAGAUCCCAGCGAAAUCCGUAGCAUCAGCUACCUGACCCGGGAGGAGCUGCAAGCGCUCCUGGAAAGGGGGGCCCGGGGCGAAGUGGACGUCACCCCCUGGCUGAGGACCACUGUGGAGAGUUCUUGUAUGCCUGGUGGCCUUACUUAG